AUGUUUCGCUCUGCGGUCCGCUUUCUAGGGCUUCUGGCUCGUCAGUUUCAGGAGGCUCCUAAACUCCAGCCGUACUUGGCUGCAAAGCAGUUCAUACCCGAGGAUGCUGGAAGAUCCAAGAGAAGAGCGCUCAGAAGAAGAGAGUUUCGUUUGAAACGUCAGAUCAUCAGAGAUGUGAACAAUUUGAAGAAACAGAAGAUCAAAUUCGCUCCUUUUGCGGUCGACCCCGUUCUUGGUGCCGACAAUGUGCCAUUUAUUACAAGAUUACGCAGAGAGCUCAAUGAGCCUUUGAACUUGGCUCAAGGCUUCAAGAGAGAAGAGGUCGAGAAGUUGUUCUACGGAGCCCAGAAGGCUGCUACUGAUUCUAACCUUGCCGGCGACAUGUUCCCUGAGUCUGUGGCUGCCAAGGAAGAGAAGAAGAGAAACGCUGUUUUGACCAUCUUGAACUUGAGAAAUACCAACGCAAAGGACAAAAAGAAGAUGGCGGUGGAAUUUGCCCGUAAGGAGUUUCAGAGAUACGAAGGUGACAGCGGCUCUCCUGAAGUCCAGGCUGCCGUCAUGACCGCCAAGAUCCACCUCAACUUCAACCACCUUAAGGCUAACAAGAAAGACCACUCUCACACAGAAGCUAUCCGCCACCUCGUGAACCAGAGACAGAGAAUACUAAAAUACUUGAAGCGCGUGGAUCCCGAGAGAUACUACUACACACUCGCCAAGUUGGGAUUAACUGACGAUGUGAUUACUAGAGAGUUCAGUAUGGGUUACCAGUACUUCGAGGACUAUAAGGUGUGGGGCGACCGUGAGUUGGUGAAGAAGUCGGAGAAGACCAAAAAGAAGCAGGAGCAGCUUGGCGAUUUGGAGAGGAGGGUUGCCGACUACAACAAGUUGGCCAAGAAGAACUACGACAUCCUCUACGGACAGGCAUCCUAA